GCAGCCGGUGCCUGACACGGGAGGAUGCUGCAGCAGCCCGGCCCGCCUGCUGCAGGAGGGAGGGAGGCUCGCCUGGUUUGCUGGCAGAUCAUUUCGCUGUGUGUCAGCCUCCCAGGCACGAGCAUAGCUGUUCUCUGUGUCUUUGGGACAAAAGGAGAGUUUCGCUGCGUGAGCCCAGCGACCAAGUGUCAGCGCAGUGGAGCUGCGAGGCGCGGGAAGGGAGGCUGCUCAGGGAGAGCCCGGCUGAGGAAGAAAGACCUGUCUCCCUGCUAGGAUUCAGCUAUGCAGGAGAUUCUUUGACGGAUUACAAUCUCAGCAAACUCCAACUCGAGAAGAAAAAUGACAGCUAAGAGACUUAAACCAGACUCUUCACCAUCCUGGAAAGGAACUGGCUGCCAGUAUUUGGAGUUUUUUUAAUACUCUACCUCCCUCUGCUGUCAUCAGUGAGAAGUUCCUCGACAAUGGGAAAUCAUGUACUCGCAGCUUCAAUUUCCAUGCUCUCGCUCCUGGCAAUGAUGGGAGAUGCGGAUGGUAAAACAGACAGCUCCUUCAUGAUUGACUCCGAUCCCAGCCGCUGUAUGAGGCAUCACUACGUUGACUCCAUCAGCCACCCCUUGUACAAGUGUAGCUCGAAGAUGGUGCUGCUGGCUCGCUGCGAAGGGCGCUGCAGCCAGACGUCGCGCUCGGAGCCGAUGGUUUCAUUCAGCACGGUGUUGAAGCAGCCCUUCCGCUCCACCUGCCACUGCUGCCGGCCCCAGACCUCCAAGCUGAAGGCCAUGCGGCUGCGGUGCUCGGGGGGCAUGCGGCUCACCGCCACCUACCGCUACAUCCUCUCCUGCCACUGCGAGGAGUGCAACUCCUAGGGACCUACUUGCCACCGCAGUGGGGGGACUGGGUUGCUGCUGUCAGGGAAGGCUCCCCAGAAGAAACUCGAGGUGAGGCCGAUGCUGCCAGUGUAGUAUUGCAGUGAGGACAGGACUAACCAGACUGGACUGGAUCUGAGAGCUGAAGUGUAAAAUACCCUGGGGCUCCAGAUGGUGUCGGUACCGAAGUGUGGGCUGUGACAAAGGCAAAAGCACAAAGACUUGUUUUUCAGAAGCCUUUCUUUUUUUCUGAAAGGCUAUUUUU